AUGGCCUACUACCAAGCACACCUCCUGCUACUGGCAGGCUACUCUCAAUUCUUUGUCUCCGGCCUGGUGCUGCCCCAGCCGCCCGUCGACGACGACGAGGACUACGAGAUGACCCCGGAGGAGGAAGAGGAGAUGGAGAGCUUCAUGGACGAGGACGAGUCUCCCGAGGACGCCACCAUUGUCGUCGACGAGCCCUGCCCCAGAUUCGCUGCUGCCGACGACGACGAGGAUUUCGACAUUGAGGACGCCGAGCCUGUCACCCCGGUCACGCCCGCAGGUCCCGUGCCAGAGCAGAGGCGUCGCAAGAGGCUCUCCGUUGUAAGCGAGUCGCACGUUCGAACCAUGUCGCGCUGGUUGCUCGACUCAGCAAUUUCCCUGGGGGAUCGCCAGCGCCAGGUAUCAAACCCUGAGUCACUUUCCUCUCCGCGCGAAGAGCACGAGGCCAAGCGCUUCUGUAGCAGCCGCAAGCCGCGCCUGCCCGCCAUUCAGACGUCCUUCACCUGCAUGCCUCCCCGGCUGUCGGUGGCCUGA